AUAGAGACGUCUCUGGAAACAACUUUCCCAAACUUUGGCUUAUAAAUGCCCUUUCAUAACCACAAGGCCACAACAACUCAUUAUUCGCACCAAAGAAAAGAAUAAAACCUCAUCACAUCUUCUAUUGACUAGAUUUCUUCUAAGUGAAAAAGAGGAGAAAUGGAGUCAAUGAACAUGAAGCUCAUGGUGGUGUUGAUGGUGGCUAUUGUGGCUUUAUCCGCCGUAGGAAACGUGGCUGCGCAGACAGAGGCUCCGGCUCCAAGUCCUACUUCCGAUGCUGCCAUGUUUGUCCCGGCAUUGUUUGCAUCUGUUGCUGCUUUGGUAUCUGGGUUUCUCUUCUAAACCAAUCUCCACAUUUCAUUGAGUUAGGUUCUAAAUUGUUUUCCCUUUUACUUUGGUUUAUGUCUUAUGGCAUGAGCUAUUUGUUAUUUGUUUCCAAUAUUUGGACUACUAUAUUAUAGUUGCAUGAGUGUUUUGUGUGUAUAUGAGUCAUAAUUAAUACUAUAUUUAUGGAUUGAUUUCUUUCUAUCAA